GGGCUAUGAUUAACCAAUCUUUAACCUGUCCUACAUUUCAUUUAGUCACAAACAUGAGUUUGGAUUCUGUUUUGCAUUGAAUUCUACAUAUGGUAUUCCAUGGUAGCUGGAAUUUAUGAAGAUGUGUAGUUGAAUAACAUACAGAUAUCUUGGAUAAUUCUACAUUGCACAGAAGAGGGUUUAGGAUUCACAAACAUGUGUAUGCCUGAAUGACGUUUGCCUUGUUUGUUACAAAUUGGGAAUCGUUAUGGAGAGGAAGGUGUCAGAGGGGGGAAAGGAUGAAGUUGUAGAUAUUGAGAAGGGUGGGAGUGUGAGUGUGAGUGUGAGUGGCAGUGGGGAUGGAGAGAGAGAAUGCAGGGUAUGUCAUAUGGGUGUGGAAAAAAACCAGGACAUUGAGUUGGGUUGUGCCUGCAAGGCAGAUCUAGCUUUUGCCCAUAAGCAAUGUGCAGAGACUUGGUUCAAAAUCAAGGGCGACAGAACAUGUGAAAUAUGUGGCUCAACUGCCCGCAAUGUUGUGGGCCUCGAGGAUGGCGAGGUUGUUGAACAGUGGAAUGAAGGCAAUGCUCCUACUCCAUCAACCUCCGAGGAGAGAAACUCAUGGCUGGGACAUCGCUUUCUUAAUUUCUUGCUGGCAUGUGUUAUUUUUGCAUUCGUAAUAUCCUGGCUUUUCCGUUUUGGUAUUCCUACUUGAUUGCAGUGGAAAGUAUUUCUUAGAUUUCUCAUAUAUAAGAACUGAAUAUUCUAAGGGCUUUAUGGAGACAUAGCUCUUCAUUAUAUGUAUUCUUGUAUGUUGUGGCAUUCAAAAUGUGUGGAAUAACUAAGGCUUAAAUUCUUGCAAAAUUGUAUUUCUCAUUGGAAAAUAAAAAAGCUGAAACUUUUUGGAUUUUCCAACCAAGAGCUCAUCUCUAAAAGUCACUCUGUAUCCCGCUCCAAAUGCCAGUGUAGGCAGAACGGUAAUUCAGAUUCAUGUACAGUUGCAAAUAUAAUUCUCAACUUGAACCUACAUGAUAUAGUUAUGUUGAGUUUUCUCCUAUUUUGCAUCUAUAUUGAUGGUUCUGAUGUCCAGAAGAUUACCUCUCCAAAAUUUACCUCAGUAAUGUGCAUACUGUUUUUAUGGCAUGGGUUUAAGCAAGAUGCUAAUUUGUUGAUAUUGGCUACAUGGCAGCAAAGCCAUCAACAGGUCUCAGAAGUAUGUUUAGACGACUGGGGUUCAGAGGCUUGCAUAUAACCGUUUAUCAAAGUGAUUUGCUCCCGGUCAUGAAAAGCAUCAAUGUACUAAAAGAGGUGUGCUUUAUCUUGUGGUUUUCUGGUAGAGUAUCCAGAUCUAUUUUCAUUUGUGUGUAAUUGUCAUCAGGGUUACAAGCGGUCUUCCUUCAACAGGUCUUCACCUUUACCGUUUAAUUUCCAGAUACAUAUGUUUGGUAUGCACUGCUAUUUCCUGUACUAUUGUAGUUUAAUUAAAUAUAUUAUAUUUUAACUCAAUAAAUAUUUGAUUGCAAUAUGAGGUAAGCUAAAGCUUUUUUUGA